GCGCGGGGCCGGCGGCGGGUGCGCGUGCGCAUAGGAGGGGGUAGGGGAGCGGAGUGACGUCCCCAGGAUGCGGACAGGUUUCUGCUGCCGCCGCCUCAGCCUAGGCUGCUUCUGCGGAGCGCCACGGAUCGCCUCCGCCGCCAUCGCCACCGCCCUCUCCCCCUCCUCACGGCAGCAGCGGAGGCGUCUCCAUUGCUGUUGCUGCCGCCGCUUUCCACCUGCCUCGCCUUCCGUCGGCGGCUGCGGCUGAGCUGAAGGUGCCCGGAGGCCGAGGCUUAAAGGAGACCACCGCCUGCGACCCAAGAAGAAAUAGAGAACUGUGUUUCAGUUCCCUACACCCUUGCAAGGCUGGAAGAAAUAGUCAUAUUUCAUUGGGAUGGUGUUCAUGUGGCUUUCUGAUGGCCUUUAUACUGCCAGAGUGAUAUUCUGAGAUGUUGAUAUGAGGAACUAAUCCUUUCAAGUUGACAUGACGAACAACCUUUUCCAGUAUGAAUAAAGUAAAAAUGGCAUCAGAAAAAAGUGUAACUAACAAUUCCCGGAUUGUGAGCUUGUUGGCACAGCUGGAGAAGAUCAAUGCAGAUUGUUUGGUAGAUGCAGAUAAUGCCAGAUAUGUUACAUCAAAGAUUCUACAUUUAGCUCAAAGUCAAGAAAAAAUCAAGAAAGAUAUGAUGGCCAAAGGUUCAACUGGAAUAGAAGUUAUCCUCUCAACAUUAGAGAAUACCAGAGAUCUUCAGACUACGAUAAAUAUCUUAAACAUCUUACUGGAAUUGGUGGCAGUAGGAGGUAACCGUAGAACAAGUGUUCUGGUUUCUAGAGGAGGGACACAGAUUUUAUUACAAUUGCUUGUGAAUGCCAGCAAAGAAUCCCCACCAAAUGAAGAAUUAAUGGUGCUACUUCAUUCUCUUCUUGCAAAAGUUGGUCCAAAAGAUAGAAAAUUUGGAGUAAAAGCCAGAAUUAAUGGUGCUUUGAAUAUAACUUUAAACAUUGUGAAGCAGAACUUGCAAAAUCAAAAACUAAUUCUGCCUUGUCUCCAAGUGAUACGCGUGUACUCAACUACUUCUGUAAAUGCUGUGUCCUUGGGUAAGAAUGGAGUUGUAGAAUUGAUAUUUAAGAUAAUUGGUCCAUUUAGCAAGAAGAAUACUGGCCUUAUGAAAGUUGCUUUAGACACCCUUGCAGCACUGUUAAAAUCAAGAACAAAUGCAAGGCGAGCUGUUGACAGAGGCUAUGUCCAAAUGCUUCUAACAAUUUAUGUAGAUUGGCACCGUCAUGAUAGCCGACACAGACACAUGUUGAUCCGAAAGGGAAUCUUGCAGGCUAUUAAAAGUAUUACAAACAUCAAACUGGGAAGAAAAGCAUUCCUUGAUGUCAAUGGGAUGAAAAUUCUGUACAACACUUCACAAGAAUGCCUGGCAGUAAGAACUCUUGAUCCUUUAGUCAACACUUCCAGUCUAAUAAUGAGAAAGUGCUAUCCUAAAAAUCGUCUUCCACUACCAACAAUUAAAAGUGCUUUCCAUUUCCAACUGCCUAUCAUACCUGUUAAUGGCCCGGUGUAUCAGCUGUACAGUUUGCCUCCUGAAGUGGAUGACGUAGUAGAUGAAAGCGAUGACAAUGAUGACACCGAAACAGAAUCUGAGAUUGAAAAUGAUAAUGAAGAAGACUUCGACCAAAAUUUUAAGAAUGAUGACAUAGAGACGGAUAUUAACAAAUUGAAACCAAAGCACGAAUUGGGACGACCUUUUGAAGAUCUAAAGAUGUAUGAACAGUUUUUCCCAGAAUUUACAGAAGACUUUCAGAUAUUUGACUUCGAUUGGAACAAAAAAUCUUGCUAUCAUGUUCCUGACUACUUGCGAUCAUCUAAUGCAGGGGAAUGUGACCUGAUUUCCAAGGAACCAAAACCUCUUUCAACUAAUAUAACACAAGGAGGACCUAUUGUUGUUCCUACUGCUGAAGUGGAGCAGUCCCCAGUAAAUCAUGCAAUAGAAAUUCCUGUGAAGGAAACUCAUCCUCUACAAACAGAGGACUGUAAUAAAAGACCAAUCUUUUUGGGUCUGGUAAAGAAUGAUAAUAGCAUGGACAAUACUCUGCAGCAUCACAGUGAUCAAAUGAAUUUACUUCCAUCAUGCCAGUGCCUAAACCAUGAAAUAAUUAAAGACUUCGACAAAAUUUCUUUGCAAAAUACUUCCAAAAGUGAACAAUCUUAUACUUCAAAGGCCAUGACCAAAAAAGAAUGCAAAAGUAGCCUUAGUGAAAUUACUUGUAAUAAAUCUUUUCAGCAUGUUUCAUCUUGUGGAGGUGUUUUGUUUGAGGGAAGAUCUGUCCAGCUGGGAAAGCUAUGUUGUUCUGGACCUGAUCCAGAAGAGGAGGAUGUUUCCUGCUCAGUUUCUGUGGAAGAGCAAGUGAUGCCUGAGGUCCCUGAUGCAUUGCAACUUCAUGACCCCGAACUUUAUAUUGAGAUAGUGAAAAAUACGAAGUCUGUUCCUGAAUAUUCAGAAGUGGCCUACCCUGAUUAUUUUGGACACAUUCCACCUCCAUUUAAAGAACCUAUCCUUGAAAGACCUUAUGGAGUGCAGAGGAAGAAGAGAAUGGCUGGCAGUCACAUACGAACUCUGAUGACGAAAAUUAACCAAGACAUUGAAAGGUUGAUCCAUCCUAACGAUAUUAUAGACAGAGUGGUUUAUGAUCUUGAUAAUGUCAGUUAUCCAGUGCCAGAUGAAGGAGAUGUCUUGAAGUUCAACUCCAAAUUUGAAUCAGGAAAUUUACGGAAAGUUAUUCAGAUCAGAAAAAAUGAAUAUGAUCUUAUUCUGAACUCCGAUAUAAACAGCAAUCAUUAUCAUCAGUGGUUUUAUUUUGAAGUCAGUGGAAUGCGGGCAGGCAUUGCUUACCGAUUUAAUAUAAUCAACUGUGAAAAGACAAACAGUCAGUUUAAUUAUGGUAUGCAACCCCUCAUGUACUCUGUUCAAGAGGCACUAAGUGGACGACCUUGGUGGAUUCGUGUGGGAACAGACAUUUGUUACUACAAGAAUCACUUUUCAAGAAGUUCAAUUGCAGCAGGAGGACAGAAAGGAAAAUCCUACUACACAAUUACCUUCACAAUCACCUUCCAACAUAAGGAUGAUGUUUGUUACUUUGCAUACCAUUAUCCAUAUACUUACUCUGCUUUAAUGAUGCAUCUCCAAAAGUUGGAAUCAACGCACAAUCCUCAGCAGAUUUAUUUUCGACAAGACACCUUGUGUGAGACCCUCUCAGGAAACAGCUGUCCUAUAGUAACUAUAACAGCCAUGCCAGAAUCAAAUUACUAUGAACAUAUUUGUCAGUUCAGAAACCGCCCUUAUAUAUUCUUAUCUGCUCGUGUACAUCCUGGAGAGACUAAUUCAAGCUGGGUUAUGAAGGGAACAUUGGAAUAUCUCAUGAGUAAUACUGCUUCUGCCCAGAGUUUACGAGAAUCCUAUAUUUUUAAAAUUGUACCGAUGCUUAAUCCUGAUGGGGUCAUCAAUGGAAACCAUCGUUGUUCUUUAAGUGGGGAAGACUUGAAUAGGCAGUGGCAAAACCCAAACCUAGAUCUUCAUCCUACAAUUUAUCAUGCCAAAGGUCUGCUCCAGUAUUUGGCCGCUAUUAAACGUUUGCCACUGGUUUUUUGUGAUUAUCAUGGCCAUUCUCGUAAGAAAAAUGUAUUCAUGUAUGGCUGCAGCAUCAAGGAAACAAUGUGGCAUACUAGUGCUGCCUCUUGUGAACUGAUUGAAGAUCUUGGUUAUCGGACUCUUCCUAAGAUUCUGAGUCAGACAGCCCCAGCAUUCUGCAUGAGCAGCUGCAGUUUUGUUGUGGAAAAGUCUAAGGAGUCCACAGCACGCGUGGUUGUUUGGAGAGAAAUAGGCGUUCAAAGAAGUUACACCAUGGAAAGUACAUUAUGUGGAUGUGAUCAGGGGAAGUACAAGGGAUUACAGAUUGGGACAUACGAACUGGAAGAAAUGGGAGCUAAGUUCUGUUCUGGCUUAUUACGUUUGAAAAGAUUAACAUCGCCACAGGAAUACAACUUGCCGUCUACUCUCUUUGAAAUUGAAAAUGAACUAAUUGAAUCCAGUUGUAAAGUGACAAGCCCUACUACAUAUGUUUUGGACGAAGAUGAACCUCGCUUCCUUGAAGAAGUAGAUUAUAGUGCAGAGAGCAAUGAUGAACCAGAUGUUGAUUUGGCAAAUAACGCUGCUGAUUAUGAGCCCUCUCUUCAAGAAGAUGGACUUUCUGACUCUGAAAUUACAAGGACGCAUUUGCCUUGAAACAUCUUUGGAAUAUGAAGAAAUUCAGUACGGUGGCUUAUUUAAAAUGGACAUGGUGGGUUAUUUAAUUUUGGAGUUUUGCUCAAGCAAAUUAAUUACAGUCAGUCCAGUUCAAAAACAAUAAAUGUUUCUGGCCUUUAAAUAAAUUAGCACUUGUUUUAUUUAAAUAUUUUAGUUCUUCUCCUUAGUACUGAAUUGUUUUAUCAUUUCCUUUCCUGAAAAAUACUGCUGCAUGGCUUUUUAUAUUCAUCCCUAUAAUCACAGAAAAAAAGAAAGAAAUAUCAGAGGCCAGAAUCUAAAUCUUAUUCCUUGUGACACUGGCUCCCAAGCCAAUCAUUGACACUUGUGUAGAGGCAGAUUUAUGGAAAUGACUGUAUCUGUGUGCACUGACACUGCCCCGCUUCAAAUUCUGAUGUUAGUGUUUUAUGUAAUGCAGGGCUAGUAUAAUUUGCAUCGCAUCUGAACUACUUUAAUUUGUAUUUAGCCAGUUCAAAGGAAAAUGGAUAUUCUGAUGCCAUAUAUUUUGAUACUUAGAUGAAACACACUUAGACCAUUUUGUUACAAUCUUAAUUUGAAAUAGGCAAUGACAUUUCAAUAUCCAGUUCAAGAAAAUUAUUUUAUUUUCCUAUCAGGUAAAGAUUUUGAUGUUCAUGCAAAUAAGUCAACUGGUGCCUAGAUACUGCUUCUUGAUUCUACAGUUGGGACUCACACGUCUGACUGCAUCUCCUUAGUAACAUACCCUAUGUCAUCACAUAAUAGUUACCCCCCCCCCCCCGACUAUUACAUGGUGAAAAAAGUGCAGGUGCACAGACAAGAGAGGCUUUACUCACCUGCACCCCAUGCAGCUAUGGGGUUUCUUCAGCGGGCAGCUGAGGGAACCCCCGUAGCUCCAAGGGGUAAGGAGUGACUGUUAUGCGAGAAACAACAAAAAUACCAAUUUUGCUACCUGAAAAAUGAGGGUGUGCCUUGUAUGCGUUCGCUACUAUUAUGUGAUAAAAUAUGGUAAUUACUACAUGCAGAAUAUUGGCAUGUCAAGAAGGUACCAGUCAGGGAUUUUUUUUCCUUUCCAGGAUUCUGUUUGAAGGCAUAGAUCAUUCACAUGCAAAAAAGGGGAUAUCAUCCAGAUACAGGUUUACCAUCUCAUCUGUUUUUGAGAAGUAGACCUUAUGUGCCUAUAUCUAGCAUGAAUUAAACAUUUAUCCUCACGUCUAACUUUCUUCUGAAGUUAGCAGUUAAUGAGACUUUGAGCAAAUAUGUACUUCGUAAGCAUAAGCACUUACUUGUAUAUAUCAGAUUACUAAUUUCUUUAUUUAAUAUGCACAUAGUUAUUGUGCUUUGGAUACCGUGUUUAUAUUUUUCAGUUAAAAUAUGGUUUUCAUAGAAGUAUAGUAGUGUCUAAGUGGCUUCCUUUAUACAUAUUUCUAAAAUUUAUUUUCAGUGUGAGUUAGAAAAAAAUUGAAUGCUUUAAACAUUUUACUUGUUCAAAAGACAAAGACCAUGCACACAUAAAUUUUCAGUUGGCAUUUUGUGAAGCUAACUUUUAUCAUGAGUCUGUUUCACCUCCCAUUGUUUUUCUGAGAUAUCAUGGGUCACAAGCAGUACAAAAUUAGUACUAAUUAGUCCAUGUGGUUUGGCUUUGUGGGAAACAGUAGGAAUGGGGUCAGCUUUGAUUAUUAUUUUUUGCAUCAAUAAAAAUUAUACUACAGUAUUUAAUAUUACUGUAUUUUAUUUUAUUUUAUGUUGGUCAUAAGGAAGUAUUUUUCUAAGAAGCAAUUGGUUUGUGUUAUUUAUGUUUGUCCAUCCUCUCUGCCCUCCUCUUGCUAAAUCACCAGGCAUAGUAAUAAAUAUUCAAAAUGUUUUGAACAGAAAUAUGAGAAUGAAUAAUGCAUCGAUUAGAUUAUGACAAAUAUAUGUUAACAGCCAAUCCAAUUUUUAUUGCACAUGUACAUGUUAAUCUUCAUUUGUCUUCAGCCUCAGCAAAAUCAGUGAUAAGUGAGGAAAUAAAAGGACAUAGGACAAGUUUGGACAUUACAGGAUGUCAGAAUCUCAUGGGAAAGCUGGCUUACCAAUUUUGGGUAGUGCUACCUCUUCUAGUAAAAGCAACUAAACCACUGACUUCUGGUCAAACAGGAUCCCUGAACCAGUAGGUGCCAGCAUUCUUGUCUUUCCCCCCAUAAGUCAGAGGAAUAACCUUUGGCAUUUUGUACAAUUAUUUACUUGGUUUGUUGGGGGAAGAACAAACCAAGUAAAUAGUUUCUGCCAAGUUCAAAUAUGCUAAACAAACCAUGGAUUUAAAUGUUUUGAAUGUGAUUUUCCUGCUUCUUGGCAGGGGGUUGGACUGGAUGGCCCACGAGGUCUCUUCCAGUUCUAUGAUUCUAUGAUUCUGUGAAUGGCUGUACAAGUAGGAAUAUUCAGGCAGCAAGCAAGCUGGAUCAAGCAAUGGAGGCCAGCAGAUCUGCUCAUCUCCAAUAAACUUUAAUCAAGUAGAAUUAGCUUCUUGUGACCUGCAAGCCUCAACAUGUUUUUUUUUAGUAAGGAUAUAUAAAUGUUAUAAUUUUCAUCUUGACAAGAAGAGUUGAAGCAGUUCCUCCUGGCUGUAGUAGCUUACCCAAAACCAAUAUGGUCACAGAUGUAAAGAGGUAUUUGAAUAAUAUAAAUGAAACACUGAGCAGUGUUAUGCAGUGCAACAAAAUUGUGGCUCACACCCCAAAUAGAUCCUUUUUACUAAAUGUAAAAGGAGAAUACAGCAUUUUGCCACUAUUAUAGAUGAGAAUUCAUCCUAUAUCUGUCUGCAUUGUUUUAAAAAACUACUGUGGCUGAUGAGGAUUUAUAACAUGAAUUUGGCAUAAAAAACUGUACUUCUGUUUCCCCAUGUUUUUAAUUUAAGAGAACUUGUCAAAGUUAAUAACUUGAACGCUAUGGAAUAAUUUCCCCUUUUUGAAAAGUAUUUGGCUAUUUUCAACCAAAAUCUUAUUUUGGUGAUAAACAUGACAUAUCCUGCAACAAUUUAGGUUGGGUGUUCUUUUUGCCAUUUCUGAGUACUUAAUGUGAUAAAAUGUCAUAUUUAAUACAUUAUUUCUAUCCAGUGAUAUAUUGUAAUAAAUACUGGAAUCUUCCUGGAAAUCAGACAAAGAUUGCUGUUUGUGCCAACUUUCAGGUGUUAGUUUACUGUGGUAUAUUACACUUCUUGUAGCUUGUAGAAGAAAGACAGCAAAUACUCGGUUUAAACAAAACUUAUGAAACAAAUACUGUGUGCAAAGCCAGGAAACCCAGGUUUAAAAAUAAUUAUUCAUUAUACUGCUGUAACGAUGAACUGUGACAUUAUUGUGCAUGAUCCCCCAAAUAUCAACUUUAUCACACAAAUGUGUAAUAAAAGAAUGAUUACCAUCCA